AUGGGCACUUCACAUUAUCCUCGUCUUCAUGGUUGUAUUGUGCUUCUUGUUCUGUUUCUUUCCUCUGAGCUAGGUUUAGCUUCAGCGAUCGAUGUUUCUUUUCACGGUGAUCAGAAACGUAGUCUCUCUAGCUCCACUCCUUCCCCUCGUGGUGGAUCUAGCGAAUAUACAAUGUGCGCCGAUCAUAGCGAGGCUAAGGAUGGUAAGCCAAUCGCAUUAAAUUUUGAAUGCGAAAAAGGAUAUGUUAUGUCAAAGAUCAGUUUCGCCGACUAUGGCCAAUCUACUGGUAGUUGUGGAAAAUUUAAACGCGGCAAAUGCGGAGCAACCAAUACCUUGGCUAUUGUCAAAAAGAAAUGUCUUGGGAAAAUGACGUGUGAGUUGUUUGUUCCUGACAAGAUUUUUGGUCCGAGCCACUGCAAGGGAGCUAUUAAACUCGUUAUUGACGCUACUUGUAAAAAAACUUAG